AUGUUUAAUCGUGAUCACAUUGACAAGGCCUUGGCAAGAAUGAAUCUUUUUGGCUUCAAGACUAAAUCUGGGGGCGAGUACGAAAUUUUAGCUUUGGAGGAUCAUCUGCUGGAAGAAAGAAGACAUCAACCGGAAGAAGAACAGGAUCAAGCAACGAACUCAUCAAAAGGAGUUACACAACAUUGGGCCAAUGGAUUGAGAGGCCUCGCGGCUUUCUGUGUUAUGAUUCAUCAUGGGAUUGUCGCUUUCAACUCUGAAGCUGUUUUAGACACAAAUGACCCCGAUGGCACCGUCCAUUUUUGGCAGUGGCCUAUCUUGCGAUCAUUUAUAUCUCCCAGCUUCUUGGUCACAUUGUUUUUCGUGUUAUCAGGCUAUGUGUUAUCCUAUCGCCCCCUCCAUCGCAUCAGUACAAAUCCGUCAGAUUCGAUUUCUGUUCGGAAUUCAUUGGCAUCUGCUUGUUUACGCAGGAUCGUCAGGCUGGCACCUCCUCCACUGUUUUCACUUAUCGUCUCACAUACCAUUCUAUUGAGUGGAGGUUUUGAUCAAACUCGGGCUGCGAAGGUGGGUACUUGGUGGACUAUUGACCAUAUUCCACGUUUCGUCACCCCCAAUUGGCACGCGCAAACGGUAGAAUGUUUGAAAUUUAUGGUGAAUCUGUGGUAUGACGCAGGCAACAAAACUCAAUAUAAUGUUGUCUUGUGGACAAUGCGUGAAGAGUUUUUAGGCUCUCUGAAUGUGUUUUUGGUCUUAUUGGCAAUCUCCAACUUACAACUUCGAUUUCGAGUUAUGCUAGUGAUCGCACUGGGGCUCGUGAACUUGUGUCAUAACGAAGUCGCUUUCUUGCCAUUCCUAUUAGGUAUCCUCAUUGCCGAACUUCAGGUCUCACAAUCUCAACCCACUCAACCAACGUUCAAUAGAAGAAAUAUAUUAUGUGGCUAUCUUCGUUCAUCGGCCAUGGGCGCCACCUUGAUAGUCGGCUUGUUUUUCGGAUCAGUGCCCUGGUUGGAAAUGACCGGAGCAUCUUGGUCGCGUUGGAUGUUUCAGGUGAUGUCAAGAUAUAGUGAAGAUGAAUUUGAAGUGAAGCAAGCUUACAAUAUAAUGGGCGGCUGCCUAACGGUUUUAACCAUAUCACGAUGGCCAGCGGCUCAGCAGUUUUUCUCCACUCGACCACUUCAAUUUUUGGGGAGAAUUUCUUUUUCACUAUAUGUGAUUCAUGCUCCACUCUUACUUAGUGUUGGGGUAUCUCUCGCUUGGAGAUUUCAAACGUGGGGAAUAUCAGAUACCUUAUCAACUUUUCUUAUGGUACCUUUUUGGGUUGGAUGUGUUAUCGCGUUCAGCUGGCUAAUGACAAAAUAUUUAGACGAAAAGGCUAUCACCUUCAGUCAUGCAUUGGAACGAGCUUUGGGUGCAAAAAAUACUUCAGAUGGAUCUAGGCAUCCAGAAACAAGCCUCCUCUCUACAAGUACAACAGACCGAUAA